AUGGCCCUGGCCCUGUCCUCAGAGGAGAGACUCCACCCUAUAGAAGAAUGCAAGGAGAGAGGUUGGAUCAAGGAGGGCAGAGAAGAGAAAGAGGGUAGUAGUCUGGCCAUUGAGUCUCCUCCUCCUGACCUUGUGGGAGCCCGGAGCCAGAAGCCAAAGGCAAUGGCCCCUGGGAGCCUCAGACCUCCUCAGGAGUUGGUGACAUUCAAGGAUGUGUCUGUGGACUUCACCCAGGAGGAGUGGGGCCUUUUGGACCAUUCUCAGAAGGAGCUGUACAAGGAGGUCAUGUGGGAGAAUGCUUGGAACUUGCUCUCCUUGGGACUUCCAGUUCCCAGAGAAGAUGUGAUCUUUUAUUUUAACCAAGGGGAAGCGCCAUGGAUGCUGGACCAAGAAGGCCUGAGGAUCUGCCCUCCAGAAGGAGAGAGGGGACCUGAAAUGAAGGAAUCUACUGCAAACCCAAGCCUUUCUGUGGUACAAAGUCAUGAGCCAAGAUUCAUCAGUGAUGGUCCCUGUCACUUACAUUGGAGAGAAAUAUGUGUGACACAUCAGAGAAUCCACACUGGAGAGAAACCUUAUGAAUGUAACCAAUGUGGAAAGGCUUUUAGGCAAAUGGGAACUCUUACUGUACAUCAGAAAAUCCACAUUGGAGUGAAACCUUAUGAAUGUUAUCAAUGUGGAAAGGGCUUUACAGACAAUAGAUCUCUUAGUCAACAUCAGAGAAUCCACACUGGAGAGAAACCAUAUGAAUGCUACCAAUGUGGAAAGACCUUUAGGCAAAGAGGAGAUCUUACUAGACAUCAGAGAAUCCACACUGGAGAGAAACCUUAUGAAUGUUACCAGUGUGGGAAAAGUUUUGCAGACACUAGAUCUCUUAGUCAACAUCAGAGAAUCCACAAUGAAAAGAAACCAUAUGAAUGUAACCAAUGUCGAAAGGCCUUUAGCCAAAGAGGAGCUCUUACUGUACAUCAAAGAAUUCACACUGGAGAGAAGCCAUAUGAAUGUAAUCAGUGUGGGAAGGCCUUUAGGCAAAGGGAAGUUCUUGCUGUACAUCAGAGAAUCCACACUGGAGAGAAACCAUAUGAAUGUAACCAGUGUGGGAAGGCCUUUAGUCAAAGGGGGCCUCUUACUAGACAUCAGAGAAUCCACACUGGAGAGAAACCUUAUGAAUGUAAACAGUGUGGAAAAGCAUUUAGGGGAGUUCUUCUUGCACAUCAGAAAAUCCACACUGGAGAGAAACCCUAUGAAUGUAUUCAAUGUGGAAAGGGUUUCAUAGACAAUAAAUCACUUAAUCAACAUCAGAGAAUCCACACUGAAGAGAGACCAUAUGAAUGUUACAAAUGUGAAAAAGCUUUUAGGCAAAGGGGAGAUCUUACUAGACAUCAGAGAGUUCACACUGGAGAGAAACCGUAUAAAUGUAACCAAUGUGGAAAGGCAUUUAGGCAAAGAGGAGCUCUUACUACACAUCAGGCAAUCCAUAAUGGAGAGAAACCUUAUGAAUGUAACCAGUGUGGAAAGUCUUUUAGUUAUAAGACAAGUCUUAUUGUACAUCAGAAAAUCCACACAGGAAAGAAACCUUAUGAAUGUAUCCAAUAA